CGCGCGCGCGUGCGCACUACGACGGGAGGCCGACGCUGGAGCUCGCCGACCCGGGGUGAACCUUCCUAGUGGGCCAGGCAUGGCGGGCGCGAGUCCCGCGCCGAGCGUGCUGGGGCUACUGCUCGUGUCUGCGCUGUUUGGAGUCCUCGGGGAGCGUCCCAGCUCCGAUCUAGGGGCACAUCCAGAACGCCGCUCCCAGGUUGUUCCCGGGGCCACCGAAUCUCGGCGGCAGCCGCCACCCAAGGACCAGCGCGAGCGGGCCCAGGCCGGAUCGCUGCAUUUGGGUGCGCUUUACACCGCGGCCGCCGUGGCUUUUGUGCUGUACAAGUGUUUGCAGGGCCCAGAUGAGGCUGCUGUUCUCCAAGAGGAAAAAAACAAGAAGAAAUCCUCACAGUCAGAACAACAGCUGGCGCUGCUGACACAACAGCUGGCCCAGACAGAACAGCACCUGAACAAUCUGAUGACCCAGCUGGAUCCUCUUUUUGAGCGGGUGACUACUCUGGUUGGAACCCAGCGGGAACUCCUAAACACGAAGCUAAAGACCAUCCACCAGCUUCUGCAAGAGUGCAAGCCUGGCGCGGGUGUGGAAGUUCCGGAACCAGAGACCAGCAUGCCCUUUCCUGAGGACCAACGAGAAGCUGGAAACACUGAGGCCUGGGAGGAGCCCGUAAACUGGAGCCCAGAGACAUGGAGCCCAGCUCCCUCCUGGGAGCUGGAGCAGGGGCUGAGGCGAAGAGGGCACAAGACUGGGACAAAGGGUCAAGCAGUGAAGGAGUGCCACUGAAGGCCUAGUAAAGCAAAGCCGUCUUGUUCUGGGUGCUCCCUCUGUGUUUUCCCAGUGCCCAGCCGGUCGUACACACAUGCAUACUAGGUGCAUCGGCCAACUGGGACUCCCAGAAAAGGUUCCUUUAUUAAGAAGCGAGAGACUGCCUUCCAGAAUGCGAGCAGAAGACAGAGGUAGCUGUACUUCUGCCUUUAUAUUCCCAAGGCUGCUAAGAUGCCAGCCAUCAAGGCGUAUGGUUUAGACAGAAAGGUCUUUCCAAAAACAAAUCAAAACAGCACUUUAUUGAAAAUCCAGUAGGGAAAUAAAUUACAGAAGUUUUACAAAUGGGAGGUAGUUUGGGAGGAUCUGGAGCUUAAGGCCAGCCUCAGCUAUGUGAAACCUUGUCUCAAGAAGAAAAGAAACUAAACACAGUAGCCAGGUGUGGGAACACACAUCUGUAAACCCAAGGCUUUUGAGGCUGAGGCAGGAGGAAUUCAAGUUCAGUGUCAGUCUGGGUCAUAAUAGUAAGACCCUGUCUC